AUGUUGUCUUGCCAACUACAGAAGUACAGUAAUGACUGGUGGAUCGGCCGGCUGGUGAAGGAGGGCUGUGAGAUCGGAUUCAUCCCCAGCCCUCUGAAACUAGAGAACAUCCGUCUACAGCAGGAGCAGAAGAGAGGUACCCGCUCUUACGGGUAAGGCCUGGGUGGAGGGGGGGGGGGGGGCUUGGUUGGGUGGAUGGGCAGUGUUGGAUGGUGGGUUGAGGGGCUGGGGGGGGCUUUGUUGGGUGGAGGGGCUGUGUUGGAGGGUGGGUUGAGGGGCUGGGGGGGGGCUUGGUUGGGUGGAGGGGCUGUUUUGGAGGGUGGGUUGAGGGGCUGGGGGGGGCUUGGUUGGGUGGAGGGGCUGUUUUGGAGGGUGGGUUGAGGGGCUGGGGGGGGCUUGGUUGGGUGGAGGGGCUGUUUUGGAGGGUGGGUUGAGGGGCUGGGGGGGGCUUGGUUGGGUGGAGGGGCUGUUUUGGAGGGUGGGUUGAGGGGCUGGGGGGGGCUUGGUUGGAUGGAGGGGCUGUGUUGGAGUGUGGGUUGGGGGUUGGAGAGGGGAUAACAGUUUCUAAGAACUUUCCUGAAUAAGCAUUAAUCAACUAUUUAUAAACUACUUUAUUAAGCAUUUAUAAAAGUAUUAUAAAAGGUUACUGAAGCGGGAAAGAGACAUGGGUGGGUCUGAUGAGAGGCCACCUAUUCUCCACUCCAGGUUUGACUCUGCUGUGACUAGGUUGGUUUACUUAUAAUAACAGAUCAGCGACUACUCAUAAUAACAGAUUGGUGACGUGUUUCUUAGGUGACACUAAUAUGAAAGAGAUGAUAUGCAUCAUCUUAUAUUAGUUUCCUCAUUGCCGAUUAUGACAGAGAGAAUAGUCACUCUCGCCCUAUUGAGUCAUUCAGCUCUGUUUUAACUCUUUGUUGUCUACUUUAAAGGAGACUUUGUCUUCAGCAUUGGCUUCAUGUUGCCGAGGGUUACAUUAUGUAACAAUUGUGGUAAAACAGUGUGUAUGUCAUCUUACAUAGUGCCGCGAUAGAUAUAAUCUCCAAGACAAUCACCGCUCAUAAAUUAUAUAUUAGCCACUUCAAUUCCAGCCCCUUUGUUAUCACAAUUCCUGGAACAAUGCGUAGUCAAUACUCAUCUAUUCUAGCACGUAAUUAUAGUAUUCUUCCAUUCUACUGGUAGACCAUUCUAUUCUAAUGCUAAAUAUUCAACAUGGACACAAAUCAAACUUUAGAAGUGCAUUUAAACCUGCAACAAAAUGUACAGUAAAAUAAUAAAAUGAAAGAGAUUAAAAACAAGCAAAAGGCAAUAACAGAGAAUAAUUAAAUAACAUUAAAACACCAAGGAUGUCUAAAGUAACAAUAAAAUUACUGAUUAAAGACAGAGAGCUGUUAUUGACCCUGUUUCUCCUGAGGAUGGGAGUUGUGUGGGACUCCCGUAAUUGAUGAGACUAUCUGUCUGUGUUCCACAUUAAUGUUUCUUCUCUCUCUCUCUGUCUAUUAUCAUUUGUUCCUUGCAGUAAGUCCAGUGGGAAUUCCUCCUCCAGUCUAGGAGACAUGGUUUCAGGCGGGUUCAAACCCAAUCCUCCCUCUGUAGGUGAGCCUCCAGACAGAAGCCUAUUAGGGGAAGGGCGUCUCUCCAGGUCGAGCGCCUCGCUAGCCGUUUGUCAGAAUGAUUCAUUAACCAACCAGAACUAUGAUCUAAUUGUCCUCGUCUCUAACAUACCAUAUCAUUGUUGCUCAGUGUGUUGUUUAUUAACAUAUCAAAUCCGGUGUUAGAAGAACUGUCGGUCACUUCACAUUAGUGAACUAUGAACUGAAUGGUUAUGAGAGUAAAUGUGCCCAAUGUCAUUGUUCUACUCUAGUGAGAAAAAUCGAGUAAGUUAAUGUGAAAAUAGGGAACAGUGGCUGGAGGUUGGGUGGAUGGAAUGUGGAGUUGUGAGAUCUUUGUGUCUUCCAGAAUGUGCCAUGCACGUUCUAUUGGACUGGAAUGAGGUGAGCCAUGCACUCUCAGUCCGCUCCUCCUCUUCCUCUAAGAGGAUUAUGGACAAGCAGUAUGUCCAUGCAUUGAGUUUGCUUUAAGACAAACAUAACCCUAUAGCCCAAACUCUGUUGGGCAAUAUAUUAUGGUUUGAUGGCAAGUUAAGAUCAGAUAUAUAAGGAUUUGCUCCAUCUUAUAACGAGGGCCACUUAACAUAAAUUGAAAUAAUACUCUCUUUAUUUCAAUUUCUUUAUAAGACAAGAAACACUUUUAAAUUAUAAUGCAACUUACCAAAGACUUUAGCAGACUCACUUAACAAGUGUAACCAAGGCUGUCACCUGCAAAGGAAGGUUUGGAAUAGAAGCAACAAAUAAAUCAAGUGUUUUGACCACUAAUAUACUGUCUACAUACUGUAUAUGUAGUAGUUCAUUUAUUUGUGUGAUAAGUUAUUUGUAUCGAUUAUUGUACUCUUCAAAUGUUUCCAUCAGUAUUAGAGUAAUACUGAAAAGGUAUCUCUCUGUUUUGUACUGUAUAUUGUAUUAUGUUUCUGCCUUGCAUUCAAAGGCACUUAUCAGUUAUUUUCUCAUUUUUACAGGAAAACAGAAGCAGAAAGUGGUGAGUAGUAUUAUACACACUUUUUAUUCACUUGAAUCCAAACACAAUCCUAACAGGUAACCUCCGAGAUCUGUAACCAUGCAGAAUCUGGUUGCACCCAGAUUAAUAAUAUACUUUAUGUUACAGUAACGUAGUUCGGUUGGCAUGUCAUCCUCCAUAUCAACGUUUCAAUCUUUAUUUUAGGCAUACAGACUAACUAAUAGGUUUGACUUUAUUCACCCCCAUUAAUAUCUUAUGAAUACUAUGAAGUGUCUUUGCAGACCUGAUUGAGCUCACUUUAAUACCAUUUAGACUUGUCUUAUUUAAUUUAAUUCCAGCCCUGGCAAGGACCAGGGCUUAAUGAUGCUAUUAAAUUGAUUGACCAAAGAAAAAUAGGGAUUGCAUUAACUGAAUUGGAUGGCUCAUCUUUAACAAUAAUCUGCUGGCAAUAUUUUUAAUAAUAACACUUUGUCAGCACAUUAUCAGGAAGUAAAACAGAAGCAUCCCAAUGUCUUAAUAGCAUCAUUUAACGGCUGAUAGUUGUAAUACAUCCUGCUACUGUUAUACUCAUUAUUUUGUACCUGUGUAGUUGCUCUUGUACCUGUGCAGUAACACUGUAAUUCCACAGAUACACUUUCUUGGUAUUAAAUAAUGCCUAAUAAAAUGACCUAAUGGUGAAUGGCAUGUUGCUGUGUCUGUCCUCCCUCUAACCCUCUACCUCCGCUACAGACUGAACACAUCCCUCCCUAUGACGUGGUCCCCUCCAUGAGACCAGUGGUCCUGGUAGGACCGUCCCUGAAGGGAUAUGAGGUAGGCAUCAUAACAAUAGUACUUUCGGUCUCUUGUAUUGGUCAAGUGUUUUAUUAGUCCUCCAAAAUAGCUAUUCAGAUGACUGCAAUAUUUGGUUGUGUGCCGUACAGUACACCACAGUGACACCAAUUCCCAUCUUUCCCUUUUGGAAUCAAUAUUGAGGACCAUCAGCGUGCAGACUAGUGGUUGAGAUGCAGCUUCAUUGAAGAGGUUCACUGACAGUGAAUAACUCCCCCGUUCAUUAUCAGAGUAGAUAUUUGGAGGUGUCCAAAAAUAACAGCUAUGUCUGACUUAUCCAUUCAUUGGUAACUAACCACCAAUGAGGGUUUGCAGAAAAAGGAGGGCAGCAUCUUUUCCUUGGCAUGUAUGGGGGAAGUGGGGAGCCAGGAUCAUCGUCACACAGAAUCACGGUUCUCAUCUCCGCUCCACUGUGUUGCCAUGGUAACAACCUUCUGGAUAAAACACAUCAGUCUGAAAAAGUGGAGCAUGGCUUGAAAUUAGAAACACAGAGAUAAACAGCACCAGAAGAAGCUCUGUGUGUACAAGAAAAUGCUUAAUCUGCGUUAUGAUAAUACAGUGUAAAAAAAUUAACAAGACAAUUUUGUCAAAGACAAGGUUAUGCAAAGGUGGAUGGAAAGGUGGGACAAUUUCUUCUUCUUAAUGUGCAUUUUUUUGCCCAAUUUACAGAGACGUGUCUAUUGGUCCAAACUAUCCAAUUACACUACUGACUUGCGUGAACAGCAUCAUGCUGUUGUUAUUAAUGCUCAAUGUCAAGAGAGCUCUAUCAACACCCUUCUUUCCUCUAAAAAUGUCCCUUGCGAAAUGUUUUUUUUUAAAUGUCUACGUUGCCGUGAAAUAUACUGAACAAAAAAAUAAACGCAACAUGCAACAAUUUCAAAGAUAUUGCUGAGUUACAGUUCAUAUAAGGAAAUUAGUCAAUUGAAAUAAAUUAUUUAGGCCCUAAUCUAUGGAUUUCACAUUACUGGGAAGGGGCACACCCAAUGGGGAGCCGAGCCAGCCAAUCCGAAUGAGUUUUUCCCCACAAAAGGGCUUUAUUACUGACAGAAAUAAUCCUCAGCACCCCGCCCCACCUCCCCUCAGACGAUCCCGCAGGUGAAGAAGCCGGGUGUGGUGGUCCUGGGCUGGUGUGGUUACAAGUGGUCUGCGGUUGUGAAGCCGGUUGGACGUACUGCCAAAUUCUCUAAAACGACAUUGGAGGUGGCUUAUGGUAGAUAAAUGAACAUUGAAUUCUCUGGCAACAGCUCCGGUGGACAUUCCUGCAGUCAUCAUGACAAUUGCACGCUCCCUCCGAAUUUUAGACAUCUGUGGCAUUGUGUUAUGUGACAAAACUGCACAUUUUACAGUGGCCUUUUAUUGUCUCAGCACAAGGUGCACCUGUGUAAUGAUCAUGCUGUUUAAUCAGCUUCUUGAUAUGCCACCCCUGUCAGGUGGAUGGAUUAUCUUGACAAAGGCUCAAAUGCUCACUAUCAGGGAUGUAAACAAAUUUGUGCACAAAAUGUGAGAGAAAUACGUUUUUUUGUGCAUAUGGAAAAUUUCUGCGGUUUGAGGUAUAACUAUUUCAGGUUUGAUGAUGAAUACUACCUCCAAACGACUGGAACAUGAUGGGUUCCACAUGCUAACCUUUAUGUGGGUCAUUUUGAAGAACGUUUUGUUAACAAUGAAAACGAUAAUCAAUUUUUGAAUAAAGUUCCUGAAGUGUAUCGAUAUAUUGACGACAUUUUUUGCAUAUGGGGAGGAACGGGAGAAGAGCUGUCAUACUUUAAGCCAUUACUCAAUGAACAGUGAAUAUUUCUGCCACCCACAUACAGGAAAACGGUUCCAAAUAAAUGACAUUAUUACGUGCUCCACCUCCCAUGUUAUCUACAUGAUUACAUGUCCAUGUGAGCUGUGUUAUGUAGGUAAAACCUCUCGUUCUCUCAAACAGAGAAUUAGUGAACAUAAAAGUUAAAUCAGGAGAAACUAUAGGGAUUAUCCAGUCGCAGUACAUGUUAAUGACCAUGCCAUCGUGUCAUCGAGAAAGUGAAGAUCUCAGACAGGGGAGGUGGUAUAAAUAAUACUCUGAGCAAAAGAGACUGGUUUUGGAUUUUGUUACCUUUCCUGCCUCGCCUCCAGACCGUAGUCGGGACGGCUCAGGGGAGCCUUCACUUGCUAGCUCCAGGGCCAGAGCAAUUUACGGAUGCUCUGGGGUAAUUCCCACAUUUGGGGAUCUUAUCCGCUGCUAAUGACGAGUUAGUCUGGAAUUCCACUGAAGUAGUUGACAUUUAUUAAACUUGUACACCAUGUGAGGUAGUAUGAAUGACAAAAUAAAAUAGUGGGCUAACGGAGAAAAAAGAGCGUGGCUCAUAGUUCGGCUACAUCACCUAGAAUUGCAUCAAAAACGAACGUUAAUUUAAUACGUUAUCCAUAAUGCACUUUAGUGUUUUAAAGCUAUACCCCUACUUUAUGGAGGACUAAAAGUGCCACAAUUAAAUAAAUAAAUACACCAUUAAAUAAUUACUUAAAUGUGUCAUUAAUUAAUUAAAAUUAGAAUUAAAUACAUAAAUGUGUAAUUAAAUGUAUCAUUAAUUAAUUCAAAUACCGAUUCAUUUUAUGUAAAAUACAUAUAUAAUUAUUUCACUAUUUACAUUUACAUUUCAUGAUCCUGCAUUGCAGUGAUUCAUGAAUUACUUAAAACUGUCAAACUGACCCAUCAAAGUCAGUGGGCGGGGCUAACGCGAAUCUAGUCUGAUCCAUUGCUUUGGUCUGAAGUAGAGUAGGCCAACCUGGAUAGAGACAAUGGAGGAUCUCCGUGAACUUUCCAGGGAGUUGGUUAGAGACAUUUUAAACUUAGCAGAGGAUGUAGAAGCAGGACCUGCUGACAUUAUCCGGAAUUGAUUUGUCUUGGCUUGAUGCAGAGGGUAACCAAUCAGGCGUUAGGUUCCGCCUACCAACUUUUGAUGGGUCAGUUUGACAGUUUUAAGUAAUUCAGGAAGCACUCCAACGCAGGACCAUGAAAUGUAAAUGUAAAUAGUGAAAUUAUUAUAUAUGUAUUUUACAUAAAAUGAAUCGGUAUUUGAAUUAAUUAAUGACACAUUUAAUAACACAUUUAUGUAUUUAAUUCUAAUUUUAAUUAAUUAAUGACACAUUUAAGUAAUUAUUUAAUGGUGUAUUUAUUUAUUUAAUUGUGGCACUUUUAGUCCUCCAUACUACUUUACCAACAAUUUUCACCCUCUAGACAUUAUUUCCUAAAGGUCUUAAUGAUGAAAUGCCUAUGUAUGUUAUGUUGGAAAUGUGAACGUGAAUUAAUGCCACCAUUUCAGAUUACUCUGACGUUUUUCUUGCGCUGUACACAAUGAUUUAUGAAAACUUGCUUGAUGGGUCGAUGUCCUCAUUGUGGUUUUACAGACGUGUUUAAUACGUUUUAUGUACACACUUUAUUAGAAUACUUAUGAAAUGGACAUUGUUAUAUUUGGUAACACUUACUUAUUUUCCCUAGACUCCAACCCCAUUCGAUGCAUUAAACUCACAAAGCUCUGACGAAGGCAUGAGGCCGAUACGUAAAGCUUAUUAAAGAGCAGUGAUACUAGCAAGCGCCGUGUGAGGGUUUCUUAUUUUUUCUCAUCUUAUUCAACUGUUACCAUGCACCUGCAAAAAAGAUAGCUCAGAUGUGCGAGUGCCUUUUUGAAUUUUGUUCAGUGUAUAUAGAAUAUGGUUAUUUUUGUGUGCGAAGGACACACAAAGUAUUCAACUCCUGUCGUUAUAUUUGUGGAUAUAGCAUAUAACAAUUGCUCCCUGCUUCUUGCUAGCCUUGUCCUUGCAACUACAGUUCUUCUCAGCUUCAGAUUGUAAUUGAAAUACCUUGCAAAAAUAGCAUUAAUGGAGACUGGUCUGGCCUGCUAUAGCCCAAUUCAUCACACCGGCAUGGGUUUUUAUGACACUUCAUUGUAGGCCUUAAUCACCUUAUUUAAUGUAACCAAGAUUAAUUCUGUAGAAAAUGAGGUGGAAAGAAACCAGAUAUCAUGAUUCUCCUUUGCUGGAUGUCUUGGUCUAGUGGGAUAAUUCACAGGCAGGGCAAGAGGAGCCUGGAUGUACCUAAUGGUUGGAUGUCAUAAUGAGGAAUAUGGAGAAAUCUUUAUUGGAUGGGUAAUGGUGGUGGAUGGGGAAAGAUGGGACAGGGUCUUAAUUUAGCACUCAUACUGAAAUCGAAAAGGAUGACAAGGUUGACAACUGUUCUUUUGACACCCUUGGGCACCUUUGUCCAUAACAUGUGCUAUUUUUUAACAUUGCCCAUCGAGAUAUGUAGCUUCACCAUAUGAAAUAGGUCUUGUCACGAGGGCUUUCUUGCCAUGAGGAAGGUUCUUCGAAAGGCUUGCUGUAGCUGUGAGGAAUUGUCAAUACAUUUCUACUGGUUUAUUUCCUUUCUGGCUGUCUUAACCUUUUUCAUUUUCCCUGUCUUUCUCACCCUCACUUUCUCUCUUUCCCUCUCUUUCUCACCCACACUUUCUCUCUUUCCCUUCCUUUUCUCCCUCCUUUCCUACAUUUCUCCUCUUCCAUCCUCUGCUGCUCUCCCUGGUUAUGUGUGCUGCCUGUGCAGGUGACAGACAUGAUGCAGAAAGCGCUCUUUGACUUCCUGAAGCACAGGUUCGAUGGCAGGUGAGGAGUCGUGUUGUCGGCGCUAUCCCUGUCCCUGCAUACUGUCAACCCUAUCCCUUCAUAUUGCACUAACCCUCUGCAUGCUUACUGUAGCAUCAGGCUCUCAGCUGCUCCUGGCAUCUAUGCAAAUUACUAUGGUCCUCUGUAGCUCAGCUGGUAGAGCACGGCGCUUGUAACGCCAAGAUAGUGGGUUCGAUCUCCGGGACCACCCAUACACAAAAAUGUAUGCACGCAUGACUGUAAGUCGCUUUGGAUAAAAGCGUCUGCUAAAUGGCAUAUUAUUACUAUAGCUAGUGCGGAAAAUACACUGAAUGUACAAAACAUUAGGAACACCUGCUCUUUCCAUGACAUAGACUGACCAGGUGAAUCCAGGUGAAAGUUAUGAUCCCUUAUUGAUGUCACCUGUUAAAUCCACUUCAAUCAGUGUAGAUGAAGGGGAGGAGACAGGUUAAAGAAGGAUUUUUAAGCCUUGAGACAAUUGAGACAUUGUGUAUGUGUGCCAUUCAGAGGGUGAAUGGGAAAGACAAAAUAUUUAAGUGCCUUUGAACGAGGUAGAUGCCAGGUGCACAGGUUUGAGUGUGUUAAGAACUGCAAUGCUGCUAGGUUUUUCACGCUCAACAGUUUUGUAUCAAGAAUGUUCCACCACCCAAAGGACAUCCAGCCAACUUGACACAACUGUGGGAAGCAUUGGAGUCAACAUGGGCCAGCAUCCCUGUGGAAUGCUUUCGACACCUGGUAAAGUCCAUGCCCGACGAAUUGAGGCUGUUCUGAGGGCAAAAGGGGGUGCAACUCAAUAUUAGGAAGGUGUUCCUAAUGUAUGGUAUACUCAGUGUAAACACCUUUCUAAUUGCGUUGCACUCCCGAUUUGAAGUGAAUUUAACAAGUGACAUCAAUAAGGGAUCAUAGCUUUCACCUGGAUUCACCUGGUCAGUCUGUCAUGGAAAGAGCAGGUGUUCCUAAUGUUUUGUACACUCAGGAUAUGUUAAGCAGUUAUAAAUGUUUGUUGAAUACUUUGCCAAAGUACCUCAUCUGACCACCUCUUUUGACUAAACGUUUUCUCUAGGAUUAUAAACAUGGUAGUAGCCAAACUUUACAUGUGGGGUUGUGACAUUCUGUAUCCAUUGAAUCUGUUGCAUUUAGGAUAUCUAUUACGAGAGUAACAGCAGACAUAGCUCUGGCCAAGAGGUCAGUGCUCAACAACCCAAGCAAGCGGGCCAUCAUCGAAAGAUCCAACACCAGGUCCAACCUAGGUAUCGUCUGGAUGGCACUGAAUACUGUUAUUCUUCACUCAGAUGUAUUGUAUAUGUUAAAAAGGAAAUUAUAAACUGGGUGGUUCGAGCCCUGAAUGUUGAUUGGCUGAAAGCUGUGGUAUAUCACGGGUAUAACAAAACAUUUAUUUUCACUGUUCUAAUUAUGUUGGGAACCAGUUUAUAAUUGCAAUAAGGCACCUUAGGGGUUUGUGGUAUAUGGCCAAUAUACCACGGUUAAGGGCUGUAUCCAGGCAUUCCGCGUUGCGUCGUGCGUAAGAACAGUCCUUAGUCAUGGUAUAUUGGCCAUAUACCACACCCCCUCGGGCCUUAUUGCUUAAUUAUACAUACUUAUCAAAUCCUGUGUCUGUAUUACACAGAAUUUGUUUAAUUGAUGUCUUCCGAUUUUGGCAAUAUAAAGGGUUGUUGAUCCACCAUCUGUGAUCACUGUUCUGUUUCCCCACAGCGGAGGUUCAGAGUGAGAUUGAGAGGAUAUUUGAGCUGGCCAGAUCCUUACAGCUGGUAGUCCUGGAUGCUGACACAAUCAACCAUCCGACCCAGCUCAUAAAGACGUCCUUAGCACCUAUCAUCGUCCAUGUUAAAGUGUCCUCUCCUAAAGUACGUUUUAGAUUUCCCUUUAUCCUCAAAUGGUUCUAAUUUUACUACACACCAUGGGUGGAAAUGGGAGGGAACCCAGAGGAACCAGGCUCCGAGAGUGAAAUCAUUUUGACGUGUAUGAAUUCUGCUGCUUUUAUACACACACUUGUACCCAAAUUCCUCUGCCAUUGAGUGACAUGUAAGAGUUUUUUUUAAGGUGAAUUCAAAGUUGACAUUUUUCAAUUUCCACCCCUGACCCAUGCUGAUUUGUGUUGCUGCCCUCUUCUGGCUUGAUUUAUAUACAGCGCUUGACUUGAGCAGGAGCUCAUCAUCAAAUGUUCUACAGCUUGAGCUCCUGUUCCUCUUACAGAAUAUUAGCUCAAAAGUAUUGUGGAGCUCCUGCACCUAACUAUAAACAGUGCCAGCACUCAAAAUGAGUACCGGAACCUAUUUCAGUCCAAGUCAAGCACUAAAUAUAUAAACUAUCCACAGGUUCUGCAGCGGCUGAUCAAGUCGAGAGGGAAAUCCCAGAGCAAACACUUGAACGUACAACUGGUGGCAGCAGAUAAACUAGCACAGUGCCCUCCGGUAGGUAUACAAUAUCCCCUCAGUACACCCUGUCAACUCCUGGUCUCUGGCCUUCCACAAGGGACAUUAACCCCCACAGUACACCCUAUCAACUGCUACUACCAGCAACUCAAUCCCUCAGUCACUAAGUCUGAAUGUCUCUCUGGUCUCCCCUCUCCCUCUCCCUCUCUCUCUCUUUCUCUCUCUUAGGAAAUGUUCGACAUAAUUCUGGAUGAGAAUCAGCUGGAGGAUGCGUGUGAGCACCUGGCAGAGUACCUGGAGGCCUACUGGAGGGCCACUCACACCUCCCUGACCACCCCUCUCAACCCUCUGCUGGGCCGCAACCUGGGAUCCACCGCCCUCUCUCCGUACCCCACAGCUAUAACUGGGCUGGUCAACCAACCGGUGAAUCAACCUGACCUUAUUUUGACUGAUAUUUACCCUCUAAUUUGAGCUAAUUCUGGGAAACUGGUUUUAUAGUGUUAAAGUACAAUACCAGUCAAAAGUUUGGACACACCUACUCAUUCAAGGGUUUUUCUUUAUUUUUACUAUUUUUUACAUUGUAGAAUAAUAGUGAAGACAUCAAAAAAGUGUUAAACAAAUCAAAAUAUAUUUUAUAUUUGAGAUUCUUCAAAUAGCCACCCUUUGCCUUGAUGACAGCUUUGCACUCUCUUGGCAUUCUCUCAACCAGCUUCAUGAGGUAGUCACCUGGAAUGCAUUUCAAUUAACAGGUGUGCCUUCUUAAAAGUUAAUUUGUGGAUUUUCUUUCCUUCUUAAUGUGUUUGAGCCAAUCAGUUGUGUUGUGACAAGGUAGAAGAUAGCCCUAUUUGGUAAAAGACCAAGUCCAUAUUAUGGCAAGAACAGCUCAAAUAAGCAAAGAGAAACGAUAGUCCAUCAUUACUUUAAGACAUGAAGGUCAGUCAGUACGGACAAUUUCAAGAACUUUGAACGUUUCUUCAAUUGCAGUCGCAAAAACCGUCAAGCGUUAUGAUGAAACUGGCUCUCAUGAGGACCGCCACAGGAAUGGAAGACCCAGAGUUACCUCUGCUGCAGAGGAUACAGUGAGGGAAAAAAGUAUUUGAUCCCCUGCUGAUUUUGUACGUUUGCCCACUGACAAAGAAAUGAUCAGUCUAUAAUUUUAAUGGUAGGUUUAUUUGAACAGUGAGAGACAGAAUAACAACAACAAAAUCCAGAAAAACGCAUGUCCAAAAUGUUAUAAAUUGAUUUGUAUUUUAAUGAGGGAAAUAAGUAUUUGACCCCCUCUCAAUCAGAAAGGUUUCUGGCUCCCAGGUGUCUUUUAUACAGGUAACGAGCUGAGAUUAGGAGCACACUCUUAAAGGGAGUGCUCCUAAUCUCAGUUUGUUACCAGUAUAAAAGACACCUGUCCACAGAAGCAAUCAAUCAAUCAGAUUCCAAACUCUCCACCAUGGCCAAGACCAAAGAGCUCUCUAAGGAUGUCAGGGACAAGAUUGUAGACCUACACAAGGCUGGAAUGGGCUACAAGACCAUCGCCAAGCAGCUUGAUGAGAAGGUGACAACAGUUGGUGCGAUUAUUCGCAAAUGGAAGAAACACAAAAUAACUAUCAGUCUCCCUCGGCCUGGGGCUCCAUGCAAGAUCUCACCUUGUGGAGUUGCAAUGAAUCAUGAGAACGGUGAGGAAUCAGCCCAGAACAACACGGGAGGAUCUUGUCAAUGAUCUCAAGGCAGCUGGGACCAUAGUCACCAAGAAAACAAUUGGUAACACACUACGCUGUGAAGGACUGAAAUCCUGCAGCGCCCGCAAGGUCCCCCGCUCAAGAAAGCACAUAUACAGGCCCGUCUGAAGUUUGCCAAUGAACAUCUGAAUGAUUCAGAGGAGAACUGGGUGAAAGUGUUGUGGUCAGAUGAGACCAAAAUCGAGCUCUUUGGCAUCAACUCAACUCGCCGUGUUUGGAGGAGGAGGAAUGCUGUCUAUGACCCCAAGAACACCAUCCCCAGCGUCAAACAUGGAGGUGGAAACAUUAUGUUUUGGGGGUGUUUUUCUGCUAAGGGGACAGGACAACUUCACCGCAUCAAAGGGACGAUGGACGGGGCCAUGACUUGGGCAGGAGCUCAUCAUCAAAUGUUCUACAGCUUGAGCUCCUGUUCCUCUUACAGAAUAUUAGCUCAAAAGUAUUGUGGAGCUCCUGCACCUAACUAUAAACAGUGCCAGCACUCAAAAUGAGUACCGGAACCUAUUUCAGUCCAAGUCAAGCACUAGAUAUAUAAACUAUCCACAGGUUCUGCAGCGGCUGAUCAAGUCGAGAGGGAAAUCCCAGAGCAAACACUUGAACGUACAGCUGGUGGCAGCAGAUAAACUAGCACAGUGCCCUCCGGUAGGUAUACAAUAUCCCCUCAGUACACCCUGUCAACUCCUGGUCUCUGGCCUUCCACAAGGGACAAUAACCCAAACAGUACACCCGGACGACUUCACCGCAUCAAAGGGACGAUGGACGGGGCCAUGUACCGUCAAAUCUUGGGUGAGAACCUCCUUCCCUCAGCCAGAGCAUUGAAAAUGGGUCGUGGAUGGGUAUUCCAGCAUGACAAUGACCCAAAACACACGGCCAAGGCAACAAAGGAGUGGCUCAAGAAGAAGCACAUUAAGGUCCUGGAGUGGCCUAGCCAGUCUCCAGACCUUAAUCCCAUAGAAAAUCUGUGGAGGGCGCUGAAGAUUCGAGUUGCCAAACGUCAGCCUCGAAACCUUAAUGACUUGGAGAAGAUCUGCAAAGAGAAGUGGGACAAAAUCCCUCCUGAGAUGUGUGCAAACCUGGUGGCCAACUACAAGAAACCUCUGACCUCUGUGAUUGCCAACAAGGGUUUUGCCACCAAGUACUAAGUCAUGUUUUGCAGAGGGGUCAAAUACUUAUUUCCCUCAUUAAAAUGCAAAUCAAUUUAUAACAUUUUUGACAUGCGGUUCUCUGGAUUUUUUUGUUGUUAUUCUGUCUCUCACUGUUCAAAUAAACCUACCAUUCAAAUUAUAGACUGAUCAUGUCUUUGUCAGUGGGCAAACAUACAAAAUCAGCAGGGGAUCAAAUACUUUUUUCCCUCACUAUAUGUUCAUUAGAGUUACAAGCCUCAGAAAUUGUAGCCCAAAUAAAUGCUUCACAGAGUUCAAGUAACAUACACAUCUCAACAUCAACUGUUAAGUGGAGACUGUGUGAAUCAGGCCUUCAUGGUCAAAUUGCUGCAAAGAAACCACUACUAAAGGACACCAAUAAUAAGAAGAGGCUUGCUUGGGCCAAGAAACACGAGCAAUGGACAUUAGACCGGUGGAAAUGUGUCCUUUGGUCUGGAGUCCAAAUUGGAGAUUUUGGUUCCAACUGCUGUGUCUUUGUGAGACGCGGUGUGUGUGAACUAAUUAUCUCUGCAUGUGUAUUUCCCACCGUAAAGCAUGGAGGAGGAGGUGUUAUGGUGUGGGGGUGCUUUGCUGGUGACACUGUCUGUGAUUUAUUUAGAAUUCAAGGCACACUUAACCAGCAUGGCUACCACAGCAUUCUGCAGCGAUACGCCGUCCCAUCUGGUUUGGGCUUAGUGGGACUAUCAUUUGUUUUUCAACAGGACAAUGACCCAACACACCUCCAGCCCUAAUUAUGACAAUUUCUUCUGAAUAGUCAUUGGGCAAAUUGGUUGUAAAUAAUGAUUUUAAAAUGGUAUGAAUUAGUAGUGAAGUGAUACAGGAUUAUGAUACUGGAUUGCUGCCCAUUUACGUAGCCUCACCGUCAAGGACUUUUUGCUCACUACUACAGGAUUAAAAAAAAAAAUUAUACUGUUUUGAAAAAGCUGACGCUAUAGUCAACUGCUGAAUGACCAGAUUGAUACAAUAUGUCCUCUCCUUCUCUCUGGACAGGUCCAAAGAAACACAAACAGGAACAGCAAUCACACAGCAGGAGAACACUCGCCCUCAGACGAGAACUACCACAACGAGCGGCAGAGGAAGAGCCGUAACCGCCUGUCGUCCGGCUCGCAGCACAGCCGGGACCAGGUUCACUACCCCCUGGUGGAGGAGGACUAUCAUGACCCCUAUCAGGACACGUACAAGCCCCACCGCAACCGUAACGGCUCCCCCGGAGGCUACAGCGAUGACUCCAGGCACAGGCUUUGAGCUGAAGACCCCCUUAUGUCACAUAGGCCUCUCUUCCCUUCACAGUGGGUACGACAGAGCCACACGACCACUCUCUAGUUUAAUUGUACUGUAACAACCUUUUUUUUAAAUAAAGUGUUAGUACCUCGCUUUUCCUCUGGCACUGGUUCACGCUGAAAUCGUGAACAUUGACAAACUAAAAAUCUAAUCUCUGUCCUUUUCUUGUGACUAAAAAUAGGAUGAGGAGCAGAUUUCCACCAUGUUUUUUUUUCUAAGGGAAGGCCCAACGCUGGGCUUGUCUUCUUAUUUUUAACAUGGCAGAGACUUGACAUGGCGGGGUGGAAGGGAUGACCAUGUGGUCUGGCCACCACAGCUAGCAGGGCUAGAUGUCGUGGUGGUCAUGGUGACCCAUCAUCACCUGUCUCCAACCAGUGCCAGACAGCAUCAAGCGUCCCUCGAUCAACACAGAACUUCUUUGCACAUUUCCAGGAGCCAAUAGCAGCAGAGUCAGUGCACUGUAUAUUUAAUUAAUGUCACUAAGUUGUUUGAAAUUGUCUUGGAUUUGAGUGUUUCCAGUCCUGUAGCCUACAACCUGUUUCGCAGAGUAGGCAAAGUAACUUUGUACACAUUUUGAGUGAUUCUUUUUUUAGGGGGGUCCUGAAUCGGAAUCUUCUAGUUUCAAGGACUUCUAUCCCCUUCUUCUCCUCAAUAAUACUUAGCUAAUGCCAUUUGCGAUGUGCGGCACAGGACAAGAAAUCACACUUUUCUAAUAGAAAUUUGUGAAGUAAAGUAAGUGAGUUGCAAUUUUCAUAUCUUGUGCUCUUUCAGGAAAGGGUGCAUCCCUUCGUUAUAUACAGUACCUUAAUGCUCUAGUGUGAGGACUAUGCCUAUCAGUUUUUAGUAUGCUGCAACCAAGAGGAAAUAGCCUAAUUCAAGUU